CUUCCUGCUUGGAUGGGAUCGGAUGUGAGUCUGUGAAAAGCCGAAUGGGAGAAGUUCAUUUCACUUUCGCUUUGGCACUCGCACCGCGGCUGAAUCCACAGGAAGGGCUACGGGGACAGCGGCGAAACUAACGCACUGACACAACACAAAGAUGGCCUUCAAGUACCCUGCAGCUCGGAGAGACGAGAAUAAGGUGGAUGACUACCACGGUACCGAAGUUCCAGAUCCGUAUUGCUGGCUGGAGGACCCUGACAGCGAGGAGACCAAGGCAUUUAUAGAAGAGCAGAACAAACUGACUAUGCCCUUCCUGGAGCAGUGCACCGUCAGGGCACAAUUCCAACAGAGACUAACUGAACUCUAUGACUACCCCAAGUACAGCUGCCCCUACAAGAGAGGGGAGAGGUUUUUCUACUUUCAUAACAAGGGUUUGCAGAACCAGGAUGUUCUUUAUGUUCAAGACUCCCUGGACAGCCCAGCCUCAGUUUUCUUUGAUCCCAACGAACUCUCAGAUGAUGGCACUGUGGCUUUGAAGAUGGCCCGCCUUUCUGAGGAGUGUGAGUACUUUGCUUACGGGCUGAGCUCCAGCGGGUCAGACUGGGUGACGGUGCGCUUCCUGAAGGCGGAUGACCUCACCCCGCUGCCUGACGUCCUGGAGAGGGUCAAGUUCAGCUGCCUGGCCUGGACACACGACGCUCGCGGGAUCUUCUACAACUGCUACCCCGUGACUACAGGGGACAAGGCUGACGGCACAGAGACCACCUCCAACCUCAACCAAAAGCUCUUCUACCAUGUGAUCGGCACCAGCCAAUCAGAAGACAUCCUGGUGGCGGAGUUUCCGGAUAAUCCCAAGUGGCACAGUGGAGCGACGGUGUCCGAUGAUGGCAGGUAUGUUGUGCUGUCCGUCACGGAAGGCUGUGAGCCAGUCAACCAGCUAUGGUACUGUGAUCUGCAGCAGCUACCCAAUGGCAUCACAGGUCUGCUCCCGUGGGUAAAGCUGGUGAACAACUUUGAGGCGCAGUACUCCUACAUCACCAACGAGGGCAGCGUCUUCACCUUCCGCACCAACCUGCAGGCCCCACGGUACCGGCUGAUCAACAUCGACCUGCAGAAGCCUGACCCAGCACACUGGCAUAACCUCAUCCCUCAGCAUGACAAAGACGUCCUGGGGUUUGUGUCCUGUGUGAACCAGCGCCAUCUGCUGGUGAACUACGUGCACGACGUCAAGGACAUACUGCAGCUGUACGAGCUGUCGUCCGGGCGACUGGUCAAGGACCUGCCGCUGGAUGUGGGGACCGUGGUGGGGGUCAGCUGCAAGAAGAAACAAUCUGACUUCUUCUACAAGUUCACCUCCUUCACCACUCCAGGGAUCAUCUACUACUGUGACCUGAGCAUCCCCGAACCCGAGCCCACCAUCUUCAGACAGGUGGAGGUGAAGGGUAUCCAGCCAGCCGACUACCAGACCACACAGGUGUUCUACCCCAGCAAGGACGGAACCAAAAUCCCAAUGUUCCUGGUGCACACCAAGGGGAUCAAAAAGGAUGGAUCCCACCCUGUAUUCCUGUAUGGAUAUGGAGGCUUUGAAAACUCCAUUCAGCCCUAUUACAAUGUGGCCUACCUGCUCUUUGUCAGACACCUGGGUGGAAUCCUGGCUGUGGCUAAUAUCAGGGGAGGAGGAGAGUAUGGACAGACCUGGCACAAGGCUGGUUCCCUGGGAAACAAGCAGAACUGCUUUGAUGACUUCCAGUGCGCCGCGGAGUUCCUGAUCAAAGAGCGGUACACCUCCGCCAGCCGCAUCACCAUCAACGGGGCCUCCAACGGAGGGCUGCUCGUGGCGGCCUGCGUGAACCAGAGGCCCGAGCUCUUCGGCUGCGCCGUGGCGGAGGUGGGCGUGAUGGACAUGCUCCAGUUCCACAAGUUCACCAUCGGACACGCCUGGACCACCGACUACGGCUGCGCAGACAAGCCCGAGCAGUUUGAAUGGCUCUACAAAUACUCGCCCCUGCACAACCUGCCCCCCGCCCCGCGGGACGCCGCCCCGUACCCCGCCAUGCUGCUGCUGACGGCGGACCAUGACGACCGGGUGGUCCCGCUGCACACGCUGAAGUACGUCGCCGCCCUGCAGCACGGCGUGGGGAACAGCCCCGGGCAGACCCAGCCCCUGCUGGUGCGCGUGGACACCAAGAGCGGGCACGGAGCGGGCAAACCCACCGCCAAGGCCAUCCUGGAGGACACGCACAUAUACUCCUUCAUCGCCCAAACCCUGGGGCUCAGCUGGAAAGACUGAGGAGGGAGAGAGAAAUGACAGAGGGGAUGGAAUGAGAGGGGGGAGGGGAGAGACAGGAAGAGAAAGAGAGAAGAGGAAUGAAGAGGGGAAAGAAAAAGGGGGAAAGAGGUGGAAAAUAAUAGACGGAGAUGCCAAUAUUCUCUAAAGCAUAAUCGAUAGGGUCCUCUACUGACGGUUUUGCAAAUAAUCUAUAAAUUUGAUCUCAUCUACUGAAAUGGCCAGUCAUGUAAGAGUCAUGCAACUCAUAAAAAGGCAAAUAAAUCAAUGAUUCUAAUUUCA